UAUUUUUAAGUGUAGCAUACCGUACACCCUUUUCAUCAGGUUCUAACUUACUGUUCGUAUGUAUUUGAUCCCCUGAACAUCCCGAUUUCAAAAAUCACUUAUAUGUGUGUCAACCUUCUUACCGACUAGAGAUCUAGAAAUCAUUUGGAGGAUAUAUGAACACAUCUAAAUCUCGUUGGGUUUCAAGUACUCUAUCUUAAUGUGGUAAAUGGUUGCUUGCCAAGUGAGUCAAGUUUUGAUCCAUCUAAGAUACACGUACAUUAUCACUAGAUGAACUUGCUUUGUCGUUGCAGCCCUUUGUCAAGAGGCUCAUGUGCCCUUUCAACGUCAAAAGACCAUUUUAGGCUUCAUUUCCGAGGCUGAGGCAUCCUCUAGACAUCAAGGCAGCUUUAUGGAAUACGAAAGAAAUAAGGCACGAAGUGGCAAGUCCUAUGCCCCUAUUUGUAGGUCAUACUCGUCUCAAUGCUCGCCCGACUAUUUUCGACAACGCCUCCAGAGAUAUCGUCAAAUGAGAAUUCCACGCUUGAGGAAACUGGCAUCCAUCUUACAACGUGGUGAUUAUGACCGUGGAGGCUACGUGCCCACUCCUACGAAAACCAUCACAAAUGAAGACAAGGAUCUACUCAUCAGUCGAAUGGUCUAUGGCAAAGAUGGACCCCCUAAUGCGGCUAAGAUGCCAUUGCUAAAGCCUCGAGAUCCUCGACACCAAGCUAUUAUGGAGGCCAACACAACCGAGGAGUUAGAUCUGAUUCUCGUUGAUGAUUUGUUGGAGGAAAUCCAAGAACGACAAGACUUUCUGUCCGAGUUGCGACAAUAUGGAGUGGAUCAUCAAUAUUCUUCAAUGAUUCAAACAGAAAUUACACAAAAGAUCAAAGAAGCUGAAAAUCUGCUGCACAAAAACCGGAUGUAACGUUGAACAAUACAGUUCGUAAAGAACAUAUAUAGUGUAUAAAUGUAAAUAUCCAUUUUGAUCACAUCUUCCUAUCUGUUCCGUAACCAUGAUCAAUUGCUAAGCUUUGUCAAUUUUGAAAAGCACCAGAGCAAGAGCAUUUUCAUGGUUCAAUAAGCACAAUUGAUAUUUGGAUACAUGGCUGAUGCUUGUAUAAACUUUCCAGACGUGACGUUUAUAAAAGUAUUUCUACUUGGCAUUGGUCAUUUGACAAAAGUGUUUGGGUUUAUCAUGUUUCAUGCUAUCUUAGAGCGACGAAUCAAUAUAUACCCGUUUUCAACGAUUAUUUAGGCCUAAACUACCAUGGUUUCAAACACAGGUUUAAUGCGUAGGAGCUUGAUUCGAAAGAAGUCAGUCAAUUUUCGGACCUUAUGACCAAUUCAAGACGUCAUUCCCUAUUUAUUAGUGCGUUAGAUUCUUGGAACACUCGCACAAGGACACUCUCUCACCUGGCGACUUCUUCUGAACACUCCUUCUGCGUUCAAGAAUUUGAUUGCUACUGCAAGGACAUAAUACGUUUUUUAUCUCGUGAAUAUUGUUCUUUUUCUUUUUUGCUUUGUGCCAAU